CGCUUCGCUUCACUUUUCUCCAUCCUCUCAUUUUUCUUUACUUCCAAGCAUUCUCUCUAUUUCUCUCAUGCAUUGCUCAGCUGUGCCCGAGACAGACCCGAACCCGACCAGGUUCUAACCCGGACCACAUCCCAAAUGCAUCGCGCCACCGCCGCCACAAACCCACUCCAAACCCUCCUCGACCUCAUCAACUCCACCCUAUCCCUCCUCCUCCGCUCCUCCCUCAGCGUCCACUCCUUCGUCGGCCGCUGGACCGCCCUCAACUCCAAGCUCGCAUCCCUCCACUCCUCCGUUGCCGACAUCUCCGACUCCCCCCACUGGGCCCAGAAUCCCCUCCUCCACACCCUCCUCCCUCAACUCCUCUCCACUCUCCAGCGCCUCACCGCCCUCGCCGAUCAAUGUACCGACGCCGAGUUCGCCGGCGGGAAGCUCCUAAUGCAGAGCGACCUCGAUAUGGCCGCCUCCUCGCUCUCCAAUCAGCUUCGCGACCUCGACUUGUUGCUCAGAUCUGGAGUGCUCCACCAGUCAAACGCAAUUGUUUUGUCCCACCCGGGUCCCGGGUCGGAUAAAGAGGAUUUGGGCUUCUUUAUCAGAGACCUCUUCACCCGGUUGCAAAUCGGCGGCGUCGAGUUCAAGAAAAAGGCUCUUGAGUCGCUCCUUCAGCUCCUCAACGGCGGCGACGACAAGUCGCCCGGCCUCGUCGCCAGGGAAGGUAAUGUCGCAUAUUUGAUUCAUUUGCUCGAUUUCCACCAGCAGCCUUCCGUCCGUGAGCAGGCUAUCUUCGCCGUCUGCCUCCUGGCCUCUGCGGACGACGAGUCCUCGCGCAAGGCAGUGUUCGAAGAAGGGGGUCUGGGUCCUCUGCUGAGAAUACUCGAAUCCGGGUCUACCCAUUUGAAAGAGAAGGCCGCGAUGGCGGUAGAGGCACUCACCGGCGACCCAGAAAACGCCUGGGCCGUCUCCGCCUACGGUGGCGUCUCGGUCCUCAUUGAAGGCUGCCGAUCUGGGUCUCCGGCGACCCAGACACAUGCUGCCGGCGCCAUUAGAAAUAUUGCCAAUGUGGAAGAAAUAAAAACUGCUUUGGGAGAAGAAGGGGCCGUGCCAGUACUAAUCCAGUUACUUCUCUCCGGCACCAUGACCGCCCAAGAAAAAUCAGCCAAUUGCAUAGCGAUUUUAGCCUCCUCUGACGAGUAUUUCCGAGCUCUGAUCAUUCGAGAACGUGCGUUGCAGAGAUUAAUGCAUUUGAUCCAAGAUUUACCGAGCUCGGACACAUUGGAACACGUCCUCCGAGCCAUCACAUCGCUUUCAGCAUCAGAUUCCUGCUCUAAAAUCCUGUCGUCUUCAACCCUUUUCCUGGUUCAACUCGCCGAGUUCAUAAAGCAGGGCAACACAACGCUACAGCAAAUCUCAGUCUCCUUACUCGCUCACUUAUCGGUGCAUGUGAGCGAUGGGAAUAAGCGAGCGUUGGGCAGCUGUAUGGGGUCGUUGGUGAAGCUCAUGGAGUCGCCGAAACCGGUGGGUCUACAAGAAUCGGCAGCCCAAUCGCUUUUGUCGCUGUUGACUGUCCGGUCGAACCGGAAAGAGCUGGUGAGAGAUGAGAAGAGCGUGAUGAGGCUGGUCCAGAUGCUGGACCCAAAGAAUCACGAGAUGGCGAGCAGCAACUUUCCGGUGGCGGUGGUCGCGGCGGUGCUCAGCGGAGGGAGCGGUGGUUGCCGGAAAAGGCUGGUGGCCGCCGGAGCUUAUCCACAUAUGCAGAGACUGGCGGAAAUGGAGAUCGCCGGAGCAAAGAAGGCGUUGCAGAGACUCACCGGCGGUAGACUAAAGACCAUCUUCUCCUGGACUUGGAGGGGAAUAGAUCCUGGUAAUUAACCUGCAGAGGAAAAAACCCGCCAAAUGAAAGAGGAGGAAGGAGGAGUUUGUUUGGAUUUUGUAACCGUCCGGGGAAUGUGAAAUGUGAAAGCUACGUGGCUUCGACAAAAGCAACAGAUACACACACAUCCUAUACCUAAUUAUUUGUAUCAUAUUAUCUGUCGUUAAAUUUAAAUCAAGCACUAGUUAUUUUAGAUCGAGUGGCUCUGGGGGCCCACUCUUAACGACAUCGUUCGCAACUUUAUCAUUUGCCUAAUUCGUUGGAUGUGAGGUUUUACCACAAAAGAUCUCGAUCAAUUAUAAGGUUUUACCACAAAAGGUAUCGGUAUGUUAUAUAUUAUAUUUAAUAUUUUAGUAAAAUAUUGUAUUGGUAAAGGAAGAAGAAAAAGCAUGGAUGCGGUUUUUAGGGAGCGUCCUCGUUUUGCUGUUUCCCUUUCCUUUUUGUAAUUUUUUUUUUUCUUUUGGGUUGUGUUUUUAAUUAACACCUACCUGGUUUUUGGUUUGAGAAUGUACAUUCUUUCUCUCGUUGUAUUAUUGGUACGAGAUGUCACGGUGACAAUGUACUCCAAUGUAAUGUGAGUUUUACUGUCGUUGCUCUCCUUGGUUCUAUUUGUAAUGGACAUGAACUGAACAUGGGUUUAGCGUUUUACUUAGAAAGAGUGCAACUCUUUUUGUUUGCUUGCUUUGGUCAA